CAGAUCAUUUCAGCAGAGGACGACCCUUCAUUACCAGCGUUAACUUUUCGGUUCUGGUUUCUAGGUAUUGGGCUAUCAACCUUUGGUUCAGUCUUAUCAGAGAUUUAUUUCUGGAAGCCGCAAAAUACAACAGUUUCAGCUCUCUUCGUUCUCAUCAUUGCGUAUGUUCUAGGUGUUGCAAUGCAUUGGGUUAUACCAUACAGAUCUAGAGGGUUCUGGAGCUAUCUAAAUCCAGGUCCUUUUAACAUCAAGGAGCAUACGUGCAUUACCAUCAUGGCAUCUACUGCGUCCACGACUGCGAAUGCGGUCGGCAUAAUUGCGACGCUGAAUCUCUUCUAUAAUGUUCAGUUAAAUCCCGGUACAGCUAUGUUCCAGACGUUUGCCUCGCAGCUAAUCGGAUACGGAUUCGCUGGAAUACUGAGAAACCUACUUGUAUGGCCGACUUAUGCACUAUACCCCAGCGCUCUUCCAUCGAUCUCUCUCUUGCAAUCUAUGCAUUUUGGUGGGAUGCUGAAUCGGAAGAAGAUGAAGUAUUUCUGGAUAGUUUUCACAGCAAUAUUCUGCUGGGAAAUCGUGCCAACAUGGAUGUUUCCGCUCUUAACUGCAUUCUCUGUCAUUUGUCUAGCCGAUAAUGGUCGAUCACCUUUUGUUCGUAACCUUUUUGGCGCUGGGUCUUCCAACGAAGGGCUAGGCUUGCUUUCAUUUGGCUUUGAUUGGUCCUUGAUCACGCAAGCUUAUCCAUUGUACUGGCCGCUGCAGACUCAGGUUUCAUCCUGGAUCGGAAUAGCCAUAUGCUAUGCUUUAAUGACGGGAUGCUAUUACAACGACGUCUUCGAGGGGUACUCACGAGGGAUUCCCUUCAUGUCGACGGCACUUUUCAGUGGAAACGGUUCUUCGUAUGACCAAAGCGCCAUUCUCAAUUCCGAAAAUCAGCUCGAUCCCGAGAAGUACGCACAGAUAGGACCACCAUAUAUGAGCGCGACGUAUGCAAUCUCGCUCCUUGUGAGCUAUGGCUCCACUGGCGCUGCCUUCUCCCAUAUCAUGCUCUGGCAUUGGCGGCAGUUGUGGGAGGCUUUUCGGGGCUUCAACUUCCUCCGAUCGAAGCAGGAUUUUGACGAUGUACACUUUCAGAAGAUGAAGGUUUACCCCGAAGUACCGCAGUCAUGGUACUGCGCCCUUUUUGCAGUCUCACUGGCACUAGCCAUCGGAUUGGCAUACUCCGACGUUCACACUCUGCCGUGGUGGUCGGUCAUUGUAUUCACCAUCAUUGCUUUCAUCCUUGCCGUCAUCCUAGGGUUUAUCGACGCUGUGACAGGCUUUUUACUUCCGACAGAUGGUAUUGUCCAAGUUAUUGCUGCCUAUGUUCAUCCUCAGCAGCCCGUCCAGAACAUGUAUGCAAAACUGUAUGGCUAUAGUACGGGGUAUCAGACCUUGUACAUGCUCUCCGACCUCAAGCUAGGACAAUACGCCAAAGUACCACCGCGCGCAACAUUUAUUGCUCAACUAAGCGGUACUAUCAUUGGCGCAAUCUUCAAUUACAUUCUGUACAUGUCCAUUGUCGACCAACACCGGCAGGACCUCAUCAAUCCAAUUGGGACGCGCAUAUGGUCUGGCUGGAAUUCGCAAGAGAUCAACUCCGCAGCCAUCACUUGGGGUGCACUGUCGGCAGAGUUGUACAGCCCGGGAAAGACAUACUUCCAGAUACCAAUGGGACUCCUUUACGGAUUCUUGGCACCAUUUCCUUUUUACUUCCUGCAUCGCUUGUUCCCAAAGAUCUGGUCAUACCUGAAUAUGCCAAUUAUCUUCACGUAUAUGGGCUGGCUGCCGUAUUCCGUAAACGGCAUGUGGUGGCCAGGGUUCCUGAUAGGCCUGUUCACCCAGUGGUGGGUACGCACACGGAAGCCACACUGGUACAGGAAAUAUAACUACCUGACCUCGGCGGCUCUGGAUGGAGGAACCUCCAUCAUAUACUUUGUCCUGAAUUUUGCGGUUUUCGGUGCUGGCGGAAAUGAAGCAAACUUCCCUAUAUGGUGGGGCAAUCCUGACCCUAAUGUCAUGAGCGUUGGUGAGUACCUUUGUUGGAAGGGGAUGGAUGGAAAGAUCUUGACCAGAAGUCCAGAUCACUGCAUGUUGAGCAGUGCAUAA